GUACUUCAAGUGUGUGUCCUGAAACAACCCUAUGUUGUGAUAGUUUUUAACUACAGUACGAGACAUGAUUGGCGUUGGUUUUAAGAGUAAUAACAAACGCCGGUAUGAGAGUAUUUUCCCCAUAUUCCUAGAAACCGAUGCAAUGGCGCUGUCUUAUUGCCAGAACGGAUGUGCGCAGUACAAGAAGGCAAAACGUUUAGCCGAAUAGUUUGUUUUAGUGAUACGAGUAUUGAACUACUGCUGAGUUUUUGAUAUCCAUUCGUAUUUGCAUAAGCACCUGUGGUUAUCUCUGGAUUCCCACAAACAACAGAUCAAUUACUGGUAUUUCGUAUUGUGGGGAAUCGCUUAAUUGUCGAGCAUCCGAAAUCUGUUCCCGAGCAGAAAUUUUCAUUCCAUCGCGGAGCGAAACCUUUGCAUCUAUAAACUGGAACCAGAACGUACGAUUUCGAUAUUUAUCCAACAUCUUUGGAAGCUAUUCUCUGAAAACUAGUUACCUGGCGGAUGAACUAUUUGACGAAUUCGUCUACCACAUGCGGUAAUAUUCAUCAUGGGGUUGUUAACUAAAGGCAGCGCUCUCAGCUGGGAGGAAACACAGCGUUACCGGGAUUACGUGAAAAAGCAUGGAAUUCUGCAGUUUAUUAAUCUGUAUAAAAAGCUUAAGGAACGGGAAAACGAUGAGUUCAAAUGGGGCGAUGAGAUUGAGUACAUGCUGGUUCAUUUCGAUAACGAGCAUAAGAAGGCCCAGCUAGCGCUGGUCGCCACUGAAGUUUUGCCAAAACUGAUGCAGCCAGAAAAUGAAGCCAUAAAAAAGGGUGAAGAAGAUUUACUAUCAGCAUUAUGGAGACCGGAGUAUGGGAAUUUUAUGAUCGAGAGUGCUCCCGGAACGCCCAACACGUCGGAUCUGGAGUGCUUCUCCAAAGUCGAGGACAAUAUGCGUGUGCGGCGCAGUGAAGCGAAUGCUGUCAUGAAGGAAGAUGAUUUCGUCAUGACAUUGACCAACUUUCCACGGAAUGGCUGUCCGGAUUUCACCUUUCCGGCAUCCAGAUGCACACCACUGGACACCAAGAGCUUCUUGCGGUCGUUGUUCUUCCCGGACGAAUGCGUAUUUCCUGAUCAUCCCAGAUUUAUGACAAUGGCCCGAAACAUGGUGCAACGACGCGGCUCCAAGCCGGUGAUCAAUGUUCCAAUUUUCGUGGAUAAAAAUACGCCACAGCCUUUCAUGGAUGAUUUGUUUGGACUGGAUACAACAGGAAACGAUCUUGCUCAACGAGCAGAAAAUCAUGUAUACAUGGAUUGCGGCGGAUUUGGAGCUGGAUGUUGCUGCCUGCAGGCAACAUUUCAAGCAAGGAAUACGGAAGAAGGCCGGCGACUUUAUGAUCAGUUGAUCCCUUUGUGUCCCAUUCUGUUGGCCAUGACAGCGGCGGCGCCGAUAUAUAAAGGAUACUUAGUCCAGACGGAUUGUCGUUGGGGAAUAGAAUCUCAGAGUCUGGAUGACAGGACAGAGGAGGAACGUGGUCUUAAACCGUUACAAGAAAGCCGGCAUGUUAUCCCAAAAGCGCGGUAUGGAUCGGUGGAUUCUUACCUUUCUGACGCCGGUUCAUUGUACAAUGACGUGGAUCUCGUAGUGGACGAAGAACUUCUCAAAAUCAUGCUGGAUGCCGGAGUGGAUGUUCCAUUGGCACGCCAUGUAGCGCAUUUAUUUAUUCGCGAUCCCGUAUUGAUUCUAAAAGAGAAUCUCCAUCAAGAUGACGAGAAGGAUUCAGAUCAUUUUGAGGGAAUCCAGUCAAGUAACUGGCAGUCGAUGCGCUUCAAGCCGCCUCCACCGGACAGUCCCAUCGGUUGCCGCGUGGAAUUCCGCCCCAUGGAAGUCCAGUUGACCGACUUCGAGAAUGCCGCAUUCGUUAUCUUCAUUGUUCUUCUUACUCGCGUAAUCCUAACCUUCGAUCUGAAUUUGCUCAUACCUAUGUCCAAAGUGGAGGAGAACAUCAAAGAAGCCCAAAAGAUGGAUGCCGUUCGGAAUGGCCAGUUCUAUUUCCGAAGGGAUAUUUUCCAAGAAAAUUCUCCUACAACACCGCCUUUCUACACGAAAUACUUCAAGUUUCUCAAAAAAGAAUAUAGCCAAAUGUCUAUCAACCAUAUUAUCAAUGGGAAAAAAGGCCAUUUCCCUGGAUUGCUGCCAUUGAUCAAGGAUUAUCUGAAAAGUGUGGAACUGAGUGUUGAGACACAUACUAAGCUGCGGACUUACCUUCGUUUCAUCCGCAGGAGAGCUUCCGGCGAGCUAAAGACAGCCGCGCGAUGGAUGAGAGAUUUCGUUGACCAGCAUCCGGAAUAUAAACAUGAUUCAAUUGUGAAUGAUCGGGUUAACUAUGACCUAUUGAGUAAAUGUCGGGAUCUGGCUAGCGGGCAGGCUUUCGACCCUUCUCUGCAGCUGGAACGGGCACCACCGCUGCAGGCGGAGGACAGUGAUGAGGAAGACUGGAGUCAGGUGGAUGUGGACCAAACUGAGAACUGAAAUGAGAAUGGAACAUAUCAUUCACAACAGCACGUGAUCGGAUGCAUUUGUGAUUAACCAUACGUCUUAUCCUUUUGGUCGAGCAGCAUUUUAUGUAUUUAUACAUGUAACUUUAUUUUCUCAGUGCAGUUUCAUGAGGGCUCGAUUUGCAUCAUGAUUUCGUUCGUUUUACAAAAUAACCCCACCUGUCAUCUGUUAUGGUGAGAGCCUAGGGGUAGGAUUGUGAAGCAGGCGUAUUACUGCAAGAGGUAAUCAUUAGUGUUGUUGUAAAUUGUAGUUUUAAAGGCUUGGUAGUACUUCGUCCGGAUAUCGUUGCAC